GUUUAUCACAGUUUCAUAUUAACUUUCGUAUCACACGGAUCGCGCAACGCAAUCGCUGUUCAGAUCACAUUCAGAUCAACGUCCGUACACAUCUAUAUAUACAUAUAUAUAUUUACUGUUAUUUGGCGCGUUCAAUAAUGCAUUCCAGUUAUCAAAAUCGACGUCAGUUUGUCAAGGCUCGGCUGCUGCAGCUGCUCCUGUUCCUGCUCCUCCUCUUCGCCAGCUGUGCCGCACGCCCUGCCACGCCCCAUACCAUCUACUACAACAAUCAGCCUCCAGAUGCGAAGGGAAACUACCAAUUCGAAUUCCAGACCUCCAAUGGCAUCACCACCAAGGGGGCGGGCAACGAGGCUGGCGCCGUGGGCGUGGUCCAGUACGUAUCUAAGGAGGGCCUACCCAUAACCUUCACCUAUGUGGCCGACGAGAACGGCUACCAGCCGAGCGGAGAUCACGCCAUCAAGCACCUGGAGCGUCAGCUGGAAUACAUACGCACGCAUCCAUCCGUAGACGAGGUGCAAUCGAGGCGUUGGUAGUGAAUCUUGAACAUAUACAUAUAUUAGAUUUAUAUAUAGCAGAUCUAGAUAAAUUGCGCGACUGUCAGCGAGGGAGAUAAGAACGCAUUAUUGUUAAUAUUAUUAUUAUAAUAUCUGUAGCGAGCAGACGAUUGAAAUGUCAAAUUGAUGUUUAUGGAUAUUAAAUGCAAAUCGGGAAUAACGUUUUGAGUGAAACAGAAAAAUAAAUAUAUGUACAUAAAUAUGUAUUUUGUAUAUAUAGAAUUCCAAAAACAAAUAUGUAUGUAUGUAUAUAUAAAAAAUUCUUUAUUCAUUCCAUCAGCGGACAACUUAACCUUGUCUCUUAAGCCGAGAACUUCUUCUAUUGAAAACGAAAGUGCUGCCAGGAGGAAUACGGAGGCUUGCAUAUGUGGCGUAAUUUGAUAUUAACAUUUUCAAAUGACGUCGCUGACUUAAUUUCAAUAUUUAAUGUAUUCGCAAUAUAUUUGACCGUUUAUAAAGUCAAAAAUUAAAUACUUUUGACUCUUUAUAUAUAACAUUUAAAAUGCAUCAUACACCUUCCAGACUUUUUUAUGGUUAUAGGAAACUGAAACCUGUUGCCUAGCAGCUGCAGACUAUCAAAAAUAUGUUAGGCGAUGAACUCAAAAAAAAAAAACAAAAUAAUAAUAAUAAUAUACAUAUAAUUAAAAGAGAGCAACAUAACUUUUAGUUAUAAUUCUCUAGAAGAUAAAUAGACUUAAUAUUCAAUGAAAUUAGGUAAUUUAUAUGUAUAAUACUGAAUGCUUUAGUCACGCUGAAACAUCUAGGGUUCAUUUACUUAAGUUGCAUAUAUAUACAUAUGUACAUAUAGAGCAAAUAUAUCUCAACUUUGAUAAAUAUCGCUUUGGCUAAUAA